UGCUGCUUCACUGUCUUUACAGAAAGUUGUAGAAGUUCUCAGACGUGUCACUGCUGGAUGUGAGGAUGCAAGCCACUUUGCUCUGUGAGCUGGGCCUGUUCUUGCUCUGUACGCUCCUCUGUACUGGACAUGCUCAAGAUGCUGUGCUAACUAUUGAACUCAGCUGGUCCAGUUUUUUCAUCGGAGAGUCUGUUACCUUCCAAUGUGACAUGAAUGAAGGAGAAGACACUGACUGGGAAUACAAAAUCAACAAGGAUGGUCAAGACUUUUUCUCCUACAGGAUAAACAAAGACUACAAAUUAAAAAUGACAUCUACAGGUGACAGUGGUGAAUAUCAGUGCUUUGGUCUCAGGAUGAGCUCACGUGAUACAAAGAAAAGUAAUACUCUCUCUAUAACUGUAUUAGAUAAACCCAGAGCCACACUGACAGCAGGAACAACAACCAUACCAGUAGGGGGCAGUGUGACACUGACCUGCUCUGUGCAGAGCUCUGAUGGAUGGAAAUAUGAGUGGUUCAGACGAACCAAAAGAACCUCUGAAGUUCAAAUCAGAGAUCAACAAAACAGAGAUAUCAGAGUACCUUACGGAGGAAUCUACCGCUGCAGAGGAACAAGAGGAAACCCAGUUUACUACACUGAUAAAAGUGAUGAUGUCACCAUUGAUAUAACCUUUUCCAAUAAAGUUGUUGUAAAACAACAACCCAACUGGCCUCAGUUAUUCAGAGGUGAGACGAUCACUCUGACAUGUGAGGUGCAGGAAGGAGGUGAAACUGAGUGGUUUUCUGAAUGGAGAGGACCCAGGACACUCACACAAAGGAUACCCUAUAAUUUUCUGAGAUUUGUAGUUUCUGAGUCCAGCAGUGGAGACUACAUGUGUAAGAGUCGACGCGGUUAUGACCGAUAUUCUUCAACCGAGUGGAGUGAACCCUUCACAUUAUCAGUAUCAAAUCAACCAAAGGCUCAAAUAACGUCUGAUAUGAGAGACGUUCCAGUAGGGGGCAAUGUGACCCUGAAAUGUUCAGUGAACCCAGUAUCAAAUGGAUGGAUAUACUACUGGUGCAGAGAUGAGAACUGGUCUGAACCCCUGACCACACAAGAUGCAGUUUUCCACUCAAAUGGACAAAUCACAGUCUCACAGGAAGGACUCUACAGAUGCAGAGGAGGCAGAGGAAACACAGUUUACUACACAGAGGACAGUGAGCCCUUCAGCAUUGGUAAAAAUGCUACGUCCAGUUCUUCAUUUCUUGUUCUGAUGAUCACGGGACUCAUUUCUGGAAUCAUAUUUAUUUUCCUCCUGUUCCUGUUCCUGUACAAAAAGAAAUGUUCUGCUGAUGACCCGAGGGUGAGUCAGGAUGAAAAUCAACAGCAAGUCUACUCCUCUCUUCUUCAUGGUGAGGAUUCUGUCUAUGAAACAAUCAGAGACUCUGGAAAUACUCAAAAUGCUGGGUGAUCUGUGUGAUGUGGGUCCAGUGGGUCCUUCUUGUGGAAACUCAACGAUUCUUUCUAUCCAAAGUGGGCGAACUAUGAGAAGUGACAGUAGUUUGAUCAUCUCCUUUCCUCAUAACUGAAAACUUAUUCUCACUCUCAACCAUCAGACCUUUGUCAGGUCCCAUUCACUCAUAUUUGCCACCAUUCACGGACCCUCAAGUUGCAAACUAUGGGCACAAAUAUACAUUAACCUUUUCGAGUAAAGUAUUUAGUUUUAACGUUUAGCUAAACAUCCGAAAUAUGUUUUAAAAAUGUUUCUCUGAUGUUUUGUUUAUAUAUUAUUUAUGUUUUAAUUUCUCACUAAUGUAAAAAAAAGUCCAUAUCCAAAAAUGACCAUGCAAACGUUAAAUAUAAGUGAGGCAACUCUCUAAAAGGUUCAUUAAUUACAUUACCUGUGUCAGUGUGUGAUUUUAUCCUUAA